AUGGACAAGUAUAAUGAUUCGGUGGAUGCUCAGAACCAUAAGAACCGAUAUCGCCAGUUGCAGUUCUACCGGCUUCUAGGACUACCUGGUCUAGAAGACGAAGCAGAUGCGGGCACAUUGGAAGAAAUUCGAAAAGCUGAUGAAGCGAGAGAAUAUGAUAAUCUCUUUAUGUCUGUGCUCAUUUAUACCAGAGUGGCCGCAAUUCGCUAUUUGUCAUUGCUUGGGCUCACGAUAUGGUCAGGCACAUUACCAACAUCGCGAGUCUAA